AUGUCGCUGAUUGUGGCUGGGGCCACAGGCGCCAUUGGUCGAUGUGUUGUGCGAGAGGCGCUCAAGCAUGGCGAGAUUGCGCGCGUCGUUGCCCUGACGCGGUCGUCGUCUCUCUCUGACCCCGCCGCUCUGUUUGGCCUCACCGUCGCCACGGGCGCCUCGGAGGCAAGCAGCCCGGACACGGUAACGAAGGAGCAGCUGGCGCGGCUGCUGCCUGUGACGAUCGACUGGGAAGAGUUCCUGCGCUUCUGGCAGAAUCGAAAGCCGCGACAGGCAGGCGGCACGGCAAACGCCUCGACACGUCUGGACUCCAGUGGGGAUGCCGAGGCGGCGCACUACAAGGAGCUCUUUGGCGGGCACAAGUACGCUGCGAUGUGCCUUGGCACCACACGCCGCGAUGCGGGGAGCGGUGCAGCCUUCGAGCGGUGCGAUUACGACUACGUUGUUGCCUUCGCUGAGGCGUUGCGUGAAUAUAGUGGCCCAACCCUCGUCACCUAUGCGCAGGUGAGUGCGCAGUUUGCCAAUAAGAAUUCUUGGCUACUUUACAGCAAAGUAAAGGGCCGCGCCGAUGCCGCCGUGGAGGCGCUGCGGUUUCCGCGCCUGAGCCUGUACCGCCCCGGGCUGCUGGACCGCGGCCCAAAGACACGCCUCAAUGAGAAGAUUGCGAAGUGGUUUUUUGCUGGCAUGCCCGUCGAGACCUGUGGCCGGGCCAUCGUGAGUGACUUUCUGCACAGCAGCGACGAGGCGUCAUUGCGGUCACGCCAAUGCGCCGGCAAAAGAAGCAGCGCAAUGGCGUUGGAUAAGAAAGAGAGCGAUGCGGAGGUCUUCAUCUUCGCAAACGACAGCAUCAAAAAAGAGGCCACGUACCUCAAGUGA